UUUCAACAAAUCCUUUUGUAUUGACCAUUCCUGAAGUAUAGUAUAUAGUAUAUAGUAUAGUAUAUAAUACUGUUUAGAAUUUAAUUAUCAGUAGCAUGUAUAGGAUAUUACAUCCAUUGGCAUAUUUUCAAAGGGUGUACAACAGUAGUCAAUUAGGAGAAAUGUAUGCACCUAUAUGUUUUGUAAUAAUCUAUAAUUUAUGAUUUCUUCCAAUUUGACCGGUUUGCACUGUACAGUCCGAUUAUGUAUUUCUGCCAGGAAGCAGAUUAAUUUUUAAGAAAAGUCUUAAGAACCCAAAGACAAAAUGGGAGACUGGUCAUUUCUUUCAAAACUGCUGGACAAAGUGCAAUCGCACUCCACAGUUAUAGGGAAGAUAUGGAUGAGCGUGUUGUUCAUCUUCAGGAUCCUGGUUCUGGGGGCAGGAGCAGAGAGCGUGUGGGGGGACGAACAGUCGGGGUUCCUUUGUAACACCCAACAGCCCGGUUGCGAGAACGUAUGCUAUGACCACACCUUCCCCAUCUCCCACAUCAGAUUCUGGGUAUUGCAGAUCAUCUUCGUGUCCACACCGACCCUGAUGUACCUGGGGCACGCCAUGCACAUCAUCCACAAAGAGAACAAACUGAGGCAACGCUUGACCCAAAAUGGCAAGUGCCCAAAGUACACGGACGACAGGGGCAAGAUCAAGAUCAAGGGGAACCUGCUGGGCAGCUACCUGACGCAGCUCUUCUUCAAGAUUGUGUUCGAGCUGGCCUUCAUCGUGGGCCAGUACUACCUGUAUGGCUUCAUCAUGGUUCCCAUGUUCCCCUGCUCUAGGAAGCCGUGCCCGUUCACCGUGGAGUGCUACAUGUCCCGCCCGACCGAAAAGACCAUCUUCAUCAUCUUCAUGCUAGUGGUGGCCUGCGUGUCCCUGUUCCUCAACGUGUUGGAGGUGUUCUACCUCAUCUGCACCCGGGUUAAAUGCCGGACCAACAGGACGCGCACACUUCACCGCACCUCGCCCGAAAAUCCUGCCAGCCUCGGGUGGCAGAGCCGCACUGAGGCUCAGCGGCAGAACGCACUGAACCUUCAGUAUGAAAACGGCCAGAGUCCAAGUGUUGGGGGCAGUCUGGAAGGUGCUAAAGAGGAGAAACGCUUGCUGGGCGAACAAUAACUGUAGCUGUCUGCUGGAUCUCUCUGUAUUUAUUUCAUGUCAGAAUUUGUUGUUUACGCAUGUUGUAUGGAAUGUAUGACUGAAGUGUUCUUUUUUGAGAAGUCUCUGGACAUGCAUUGUCUUUGAAGUACUUAAUUACUGCUUUUGAAUGUUGUUAGUACUCAUGGCUUUCUUCCAAGGAUCUUGUGAAGCAUUAUAUAUUUAUUUCAAUUGCGAAUUUUAAUUAAUCUUGUAGGGAAGAUAUAAAAUAGCCAAUUCUGUAUGCUACAACGAAAAAGCACUGAUGUUGAAUAUGAUGAGGAGCCAAACUGUAAAUAACUAGAAAUAAAUAGGAAAGGAAAGGAUGACUCAUCAUGCAAGUCUCUGUGGGUGAUGAAUGGUGAAUGUCUUGAAUAAUGUUGUAAUGUGUAGUUCAGUAUAAUAUUCAUUGUACUGCAUUGAAAUGCAUUGAUUGUUAAGUUAUAUUGAAUAUUUAUCAUCACCAAUAUUGUGGGCCGUCAAAGACAGUGACCUUAAG